AUGACAGAGCCAAGCAGCAGAAAGGAAGGAUUUAAAAAAUGCCGGAGUGCUACUUUCAGCAUCGAUGGCUAUAGCUUUACAAUUGUUGCAAACGAGACAGGUGACAAAAAUGCCCGACCGCUUUCACGAUUUGCCCGAUCUAAAUCACAAAACUGCUUGUGGAAUACCAUUAUCGGUGGGCUGACAGGCAACCUCAAGGAAAGGCCAAAACCGACCAUUAUCAGUGACCCUAGACCUCCUGAAGAAAUCUUGGCAGAUGAAUUACCACCGGUGGACAGUCCUGAGGCGCUGGUGAAAACAUCUUUCAGAUUGCGGUCUCUGGUAAAGCAGUUAGAGAGAGGGGAAGCUUCAGUUGUAGACCUAAAGAAGAAUUUGGAAUAUGCUGCGACUGUUCUUGAGUCAGUAUACAUUGAUGAAACCAGGCGUUUACUGGACACGGAAGAUGAGCUCAGUGACAUCCAGUCCGACUCUGUCCCCUCAGAGGUCCGGGACUGGUUGGCUUCUACCUUCACACGGCAAAUGGGGAUGAUGCUCAAAAGGACAGAGGAAAAACCCCGGUUCAGGAGUAUCGUCCAUGCAGUACAAGCUGGGAUAUUUGUGGAAAGGAUGUACAGACGGACUUCAAAUAUGGUUGGUUUGAGCUACCCACCAGCUGUGAUUGGAGUGCUAAAGAAUGUAGACAAGUGGUCCUUUGAUGUAUUUGCACUAAACGAUGCCAGUGGGGAUCACGCACUUAAAUUCAUUUUCUAUGAACUUCUCACACGCUAUGAUCUGAUCAACCGUUUCAAGAUCCCCAUUUCUGCCCUGGUGUCCUUUGUGGAAGCUCUGGAGGUUGGCUACAGUAAACACAAAAAUCCCUAUCACAACCUAAUGCAUGCUGCAGAUGUGACACAGACGGUCCAUUACCUCCUUUUCAAGACAGGCGUAGUGCACUGGCUGACAGAGCUGGAGAUCUUCGCUAUGAUCUUUGCAGCUGCCAUCCAUGACUAUGAGCACACUGGAACCACCAACAACUUUCACAUCCAGACACGGUCAGACUCAGCCAUUCUAUAUAAUGACCGAUCUGUGCUUGAAAAUCACCACGUUAGCGCGGCGUAUCGUCUUUUGCAAGAUGAUGAAGAGAUGAAUAUUUUAUCUAAUCUCUCAAAGGAUGACUGGAGAGAAUUCAGAGCUCUAGUGAUUGAGAUGGUGUUGGCCACUGAUAUGUCCUGUCACUUCCAGCAAAUCAAAGCCAUGAAGAAUGCUUUGCAGCAGCCAGAAGGAAUUGACAAGCCGAAAGCCUUAUCCCUGUUGUUGCAUACAGCAGAUAUCAGUCAUCCAGCCAAGGCCUGGGAUCUCCAUCAUCGCUGGACCAUGUCUCUGCUAGAGGAGUUCUUCAGACAGGGUGACAAAGAAGCAGAACUAGGGCUUCCCUUCUCUCCACUGUGUGAUCGCAAGUCGACUAUGGUUGCUCAGUCUCAAAUAGGUUUCAUUGAUUUCAUUGUGGAACCCACUUUUACUGUGCUGACCGACAUGACUGAGAAGAUCGUGACUCCGCUCAUCGAUGAAGCUUCUCGCUCUGGCAUGUCCGGGUUCAGACGUUCCAGUUUGAAUAGCAUCAGUCCCUCCGAAGUUAAAAGAUCAAGUGUCAAGAGCACUGGGUCCGAAGGAAGUGCCUCACUCAACUGCUCCAUACUCACUGUGGACUUCAAAUGUUUUAAAGCCACCUGGACUGAGGUGGUUCAGCAGAACCGGGAGAAAUGGAAAGCACAAGCCACCAAAGAAGAAAAAGCUAAGAAAGAAGCAGAGGAAAAUGUUCAUCAGGGAACAGAUGAAAAGAAAACCGAUGAAAAAGAUGAGAAGAAGCCAUCUGAAGAUGCCACAGCAGCAAAGACAGAGAACAGCAAAGAAACAAAUCCUGGGGAAAACAGAAGUGCAGAUUCCAAUAAGAGUAAUGUAAAUGGGACUCAGCAAACUGGGGUGAACAAACAUGAAGCCUCUCAAGGGAAAAACACAUCUAGGACAGAUAAGGGAACUGAUUCUCAUCACUCAGCAGGAGAAGAAAAACAGCAUGUCCAGAAUGGUGAAUUAAAGGAAGACAAUAAAUUGGACAAAAAAGAUCACUCUAGUGUGGGGGAUGAAUCAAAGAAAACAGAUGAUACAGAAGAGUAAAAAUAUAUUUUAAAAGAGACUGCCAAUUUCUUUCAUCAUUUUAGCUGAGCUGCUUCAUUCCUGUUCUCCUCCUCCUUCCACAAAGACCAGUUUCUGGGGAAGGCAUUAAACAACUCUCAAAACACUCCUCCCACUGGCUACUUCACAGCUAAUGACUCUGGGUUCUAGGGUGGGGGCCUUGCUUUAUUGGGUCAGUUUUAUUUUUGUUUGUUUUGGUUUCGUGUUUAUGUGUGCAUUUUUUGUUGUUUUGGGAAACUUUUUGUUAAAAAAAACCAAAACCAAACAAGUGAUGAUUUCCUGAUGCAAAUGGUUCCAUUUUUCUGAACAGGUCAAGCAAACAGAUGAGAGUCAUCUUCAAAAGCCAUUAUUAUCCUUUGCUAUGCCUCAUUUUGUGAAACCAACAUUAGGAUGAUGCAAAAGAAUAUUAAAAAAACAAACAACAACACAACAAACCCAAACCAAAAAACCCCAAACUUGAUUAUACUUCACUUUUACUAUUUUUCGUUUCCCCAAGAGCCAUUUCCAAUUGCUGGUAGACAGAAUUUGACAUCAGUUUUACUGUCUCUGUAAAGAUUUUUAUGAAUAAGAAUGGUGAAUUUGUAGGGUCAUUUGACCAUUUGUUAUGCUUGGUGUCUUUUCCAGAUGAUGCAAUAAUAGCAAAAUGUUUUUGCUUCUAGACAGCAGGCAGACUCAUUCAACCCUAGAUUUUGUUCCGUUUUUGCAGUUAGUAUGAGGAAAGGACUAAUCAAUGAAAGUGAUAUUCCCUUGGGGUAAAUUUUGUUGUCAGACUCUGAAAGCAAGUGUUAAUGUACUGUUUGAUGAGCCUGCCUUAACUUGGCAUUAUCAUUAAUUAGCUGUUUCCCACAUUUGUCCAUGGGCUACUAACAACCUUUCUUUGUCUGGCCUGCAGAUGUAAGAGAAGGGCAGCAGGGAAUCACAUGGAUCAAUUCUUACUUUCAUCUCAGUGUGGUCUUUCAUUCAUUAAUAACUGAACAGACAGGGCAAAGAAAAGGAAAUCGUUGCUGGAGGAGCACAGGCGGACAAAACUAAAAUGAAAAAGUGUGUUCUAAAUACACUUCUGGAGUCAGUGGAUAAAACUGUCUCAUCCAGUGGAGUUAGACACAUGGAAAGUAGCCAUAAUUUUGGCUCAUUUUAAAAAAGAAAUGUUAAAGAGCUAAGUUGCUCAGGCCUUGAUUCAGGAAGGUAUCUUUUUAUGAGAAAUGUCAAACACAUAGGUAAGUGCUUUUCUGGCUUGAGAUCUUAUUAGGGAUCCAGUUAAUUAUAAGUUAAGUUUACCUGUCUAUGUGGAAAUCAAGACACAUACAUACACACACAUAUGCAACUGUUUUUUGCUUAACUCCUUUUUGUUUAGGAUAAGGUCUUGCUAUGUUAGUCUUCUAGGUAUUUUACAAGGAAUCAGACUGCUGUCAUGGCUCUUUGCUAUUAGAAAACAUGCAAAACAUUGGUUUAGAGGGGUAAACCUUUGGUGUUUCCUCUUCAUGUUCAAAAGCACAGGACUUUACCACCAGCCUAUAUCAGAGCCUGGAUCUCUGUUUGUCCUUCAACUGUGCAUGUACAGGGACAACCUUCCCACGACACUAGCAAAAAUCACAGCAGUGAUCUCAGCCUAAAUCCAUAAGUAAAUAUUAAUACCUUCUCACUCAGGAGUGUUUGUAUCUGGAAUUUUGAUUAUUGAAGCUAGAGAUGUUUUGAAUUCUUUUCUUUGGACACCAGAAUUUUGAGUUUGUUCAAAGCCAGAAAUUUAGAUUAGGUUCAUGCUGUGAAAAGGUUGCACUUCAAGCACAUUUUUUCAGAAGGAAGAAGUAUAACUCCUGCAGUUCUUAGAACUCACAGUUGGCUUCACUGAACCAGCUCAUUAAAACAAAAUAAUGAUAAGGGCACAGGGAGUUCCCAUUUGUGAGCUCCUGGCUCUGUGGUAGCUCUGGGGUAGAUUUUUUGAGGAAAGCAGGGUGCUGGGAGGACAGUGGUGCCGCUCAGUGCUGAGCACACUCCAUGUUGUGUGAUAGGCAGAGGGCUGUGUCACCACAUAGCACUUUCCCCCCUCCCCUUUUCCCUCCUCCAUAAGCAUUCAGCCCUGCUAAGAGUGGUAGAAUAUUACUUCUAGCCCUGGCCAGGCUCUUUGAAGGCCCAUCGAUGAAAUAUCUAUAAUGCAGAACUAAAUACCGCAGCGAUGACUCAGUCCCUGCUGAGUCAGACUUCUCCCUGGAGUCAGGGGGAACAUAACCCUCCCUGAGUGUUUGGUCAGAGGUGCAGGAUGACUUAGUAAAUAUUUUUAAAGUUACCUUUACCUAAUAUACAUUGACUAAAGAUGCCUUAGAUUAUGCACAGUAGAAUAAUAAUAAUAACAAAGAAAACCUAAAUCCUUUUCUUCACCCACUUCUGAUACAUAUUUUCUUUCUUUCCUAGAGUGACUUUUUUUCAGUCAGCAAAGCCAGACCACUUAAUUUUCAGCUGGUCAGUUCUUGUUUCUGGCACAAAGGUGUGAAAUCAGACUGGAAAAUGUUUCUCCUUGAUUGUUAGUGUCAUUCACCACUGACAGGAGCUAAUAUGCAAGUGGUGGAUUUGUAAUCUCUUGGGGACUGCAGAUCAGAGCUGCCAUUCUAGAAGAGAUGCUAUAGUCAGAGUUACUGAUCUCAGUACACAGGUAUGCAGUAAAAUGUUUUGCAAUAUACAGGCAAUCACAGCUAGCUCUAACAUUCUCCUGCUCUUUUAAAAUUAUUUGAAUAAGCUGCAGUGUGUCAUUAGUAUUUUUUAGAAUUUUCUGUUGUCAUCUACAAAAAUCCCCAUGAAAUCUAUUAGUCUGGAAAUAUAUAAAGUGAAAUCUAGAAAUCAAAAUCCUACAAAGAGAUUGGGCCAGAUGAAAGCAACUAUUGUGGGGUCCCCUCCCAGGAUCACACCUACAUUCCCCCAUUCCAUUUGCCCCCCACUUCCCUGGAACACUCUGCAGCAUUCUGCUAGUGCAUUGUGAGCCAAGGAAUGGUAUGUUUAAGCACCUCCCAGUUAAACUAGAGAUCAGCCACUGUGCAAUUGUGUAAAAAAAAAUAAAAAUUAUUUUAAAACUCUGAAGAACUGCUUUCUCUUUUUUUUUUUUUUUUUUUUUUUUCCUCCAUGAAAGGAAACAAAAGUGGAAAAGGAUUAGGUGUUCAUUAGCUAACAGCCUAAAAACAGAGUGAGAAAGGAUUUCUGCAUUUACAUCCUUACCUUACUUUCCCCAGAUGCAUAGAAAGUAUGUUUCCAGAAGCCUUCCUUUUCCAUCUUCAGUAAGACAAUGAAGGCAAUGAAUAAGCCAGAAAUUCUGCAAAUAUAGGGCCCAUACCACUAGCCUCAUGCUGGAAUUCUAUGGAAUUAUUUGGGAGCACCCAUCAAUAGGCACAAAGGGGUCUUCUGAUGCCUGAGUGCAUCUCACAGGGGGUGGCACAGGCUGGGAAGCUGUGUGAAAAAGACAGCACCCUUCUGCCUCUGCACAGGAACUGCUGGUGCUCUCAGAAAGCUCUACCUUGCUGGAAAAGCAGCAGAUGUCUUCUACUUCCCAGAAACUGUUGUUGAGGGAGAAUAUUGUUCUAACUUGAGAGAGAGAAUCCAGGUAGUUUACCCCUGUAAAACAGGGAGGGAUACUGUUGCAGGUAUCUCUAUUGGUGUUCUUUCCUAUAGCUGGAACUGGUGUUCAGGGAAUUAGCAGACCUUUGUCUCAUGGUGAUGUAGGGCUUGAACUCCUGGAGACACUAUAAUUUAAAACAAAGGUGACAGUUCUUUGCGCUGCACCCCAUCAGUAAUUUGUCCCAUGUGUUUUUGUGGCAACAUGCAAGUGUUCACACAUGGGAAAGGAGGGAUUUGUUUACUUUUGAAUUUAUUUUUCAAAAUGUAAAAACCUCUAAUGCAGCCUCUCAAAAUGUUUAAGUCAACCAGCUUUCCUUACAAAUGACACUCUUUUAGGUUAUAUGGUCAGAUUUUUGUCUUUAUAAAAAGACAGUGGAUGUCACGAAUGUUUUCUGUGUUUGAGAAAAAAGACGCCAGAAGCCAACUUUUUUUUUGCUGAUGACCAAAUAGGUGAUAGACUAAAAAAAAUAAUAAUUUUGCAAUUUUAGACUUAAAACAUAUUCCAGAGUAGCCAAUCUAGGCACACUGAUGCUUAUUUAAAAGUGCAGCCUUUUGUAUAGCUCCAGCUGGUAUAAACAUGCUAUGUAUUAAUACAGUAGGAUGCUUAGCACCAGAAUGAAUCUGGAAUUUGGAAGCCUGUUUCCUGAUGGGUGAAUGAAGGGGGCAAAUUCCUUUUUCUGGAUUAUUCUUUUUUCAAGCAUGAAUUUUGUGGUUGGAGGGAAACUUCACAAAAUGUAGUUGGCUAUGCCAGGAAAGAAUGGAAUAUGGUGGUGGUUUUGCAAAAUACCCUUUGAAUAUGGAAAUAUUUGCUUAUAUACUUAUAAAGACUUCCAAGCUCAGUCUGGAAGCAAAAAUAUUUCAAACAAGGUAGCUGGUAGUACUGUGCUGCUUUUUAAUCAGAAGGUCCAUGAGGUCAUCUAGCUAAGGCAAGUUCUUUUGCUGUUAGUCAUUGCAAAUACUAUAGUAGGUCCCAAACGUGGCUCUUAGUUAGAAAGCCAAAUAAUUUGUUCAAAGUAAAAAUUAACAAACCCGACAAGGACAAUAGUAUUUUUGCUUCAAUUAGAAAAAACUAGUCUAUCUCCAGGAGCUCAUGAGAUAGUCUUAAAUAUGUCUUGUUGGCUUUUUCCUCCUGUUUAAUUUUUAGGAUAAUGAAACUCAUCAUCCUCUGAUGAUCUAUACCACACGUUAGCCAUGUAUACUCAACAAAUUACAGCACAACCAAGUCCUUUUCUUUUACUCUUUUUUAAUCCAUCACCUGCCUCAAUAAUUAAAAACAACAGAGCAAUUCUGUGCUGUUGUUUGUGUUGAACUGGUGGUGAUCUCAGCGAUGUGCUGGCGCAGUGUCUGAAUGGCAGCACUCAAAAACAAAUUUUGUGCAAAUGGCUGCAGGGAGUAGACAUCAGUGCUGGCCAGGUAGAAAGGAGGGGAAAAAAACCCACAUGGUUUCACAUUUUAAAGCAUAAAUUCAGCUCCCUUCAAAGCGGGUACAGCAGUUUGUCCCACUUGUGUCACCCACAGCAUGAGCAGGUCUGCUUUGGCCUCAGUGUAGUGUCAGGUGUGGAUCUUAACGUGGUGCAAUCCUUGCUUCCACAGGGAGACAAGUCUUGUGAUCCCAAACAACUCUUUCCUUGUCUGAUUACUGUGAUUAAAGCAGUAGCAGGGCAGGUGACCACUGCCAAUGCCAUUAUUUUCUGUUAAAAUGCAUCUCCGCUUGCUGAGACUGCAAUUGCUGCAAUGUCCCUUCUGAUCCUCAGCAAGCACAGGGGGUUCUGCUCUGUACCGAGGCAGGACUGAGACACAUGCCUGUCUUCAGGGCAUCAGCUCUCCCUGUUCUGGUAACUUGACUGCCAGGUAGAAGAAAGUGUAGCUGGCAAGCUGGCUCAGGACCUGAAGCUCAGUUUAGUCAUUUAUUUACCCUCCUAUGAAAGUGCACAACAGGACUCACUCACAAAUCUCACAGCACACUCUUGGCAUUUUGUAUUCUUAUGAUUUCUUCCAAGUGCAUAUGUAUCAACUGCUGUGUACUCGUAACACCCUGGUUUUAGAAGCUAUCCAGUGGUAGGAGGAAUAUAUGUGAUCUUUUUGUCUCUGCCAGUGGUUGUAGGAGUGCAUCUAUCAAACAAAAUUACUUAUGGCCAUUGGGGUUUUCUAGUGAUAAAACCUAGCAGUAGAAUGACAGAGUGAGCAUUUUCCUUUUCUUCUUGCUUGGAUAAUAUUUUUAUACUCUUUUAUAUGCAAUUUUUUUAAAUAUUUGCUAUUUUUAUUGUAGAGUUUACCAGACGUUCUGAUUGUCUACAGGCCCAGAUUCUCACAGGAAUACUUCCCUUCCCUUUUCUCCUGCCCCUUCUUCCCCAACAGGCAAAACCAUUGCAUUUGCAACAUCAGCUUAGAGCAGUGUAAACCUAGGGUCUGAUCACUCUUUCAGUUGCACUGAAAUCAAAGGAAGUUCCAUACAAAGUCCUGCUGGUCUCACCACAGCGUUUGGGGCCAAAGACUAAAUAACCUAAAUUGGUACAGCUAAGUACACGCAGGGCAGUCUGUGUAAAGCCAGGGCACCAGGGUGGUACUGUCUUCCUUUGCUGUGAUAGGAACUCCUUCCACCACAAUAUGUUAAAUAAGACUAUGUAUCUCUGUUUGUUCUGAUGAUGAUGCUUCUUGUAAUCACUUCAAUCAAAGUCACACCCUAGUGCACUGAGUACCUUCAGCUUGGAGGAAGGGUGGACAUUGUGGCUUAUCUGUGACAGCAGAUUUCACUGCUCUUGUGGUUAACCCUAUGGUGACAGGUCCCAAAUAAAGUUAAGAAACAUUACAUCUAUGGGUAGGAAAGAUAAGGGGAAAUUAACCAAAUUCAAGGGUCUUGGUCUUGUAAAAUAACGUUUUCUCAGCUGGCAAUCUGCAGGGAAUUCUAUGUAUGAAGUCGAACAUAAACUUUACAGUAUGUUUAUAUUAGCAGAAGUGAUAAUGAAGAUGUCUUUCUUGAACUGAACUAAAAUAAACAACAGACACCUGUUCUCUCACAUUUUUUAAAGAGACAGGUUGUUACACUACUUUGCACCAAGGGAGAGAAAACAAGUUAAAAUCCAUGCUGAAAGCAAAACUCCAUUCAAGUUUGCUCCUGGGACUGGGUGGGCAGGGUAAUGAAAAAAAAAAAAUACACCAAAAUGAUACAAUUUCUAAGACUCAUAAUGAAAAAAAUUGCAAAACUGAAAUGAAUGCUACCAUGUAAUGCCAAGUAUUCUCAACUGUUCUGAGAAUAAUUUUAAACAAUAUGUUUUUAUUGUUAGUUCCUCAUUUGAAAGAAGAGGCUUGUGGUCUCUAGAUGUAUAAAACAUUUUUCAACAUGCCAGUUUUUCUGUAACUGAGUUAAUGUAUGUUCAUUCUAUUACCAAAUAAAAACAAUGAGGU